AACAAUGGACCAGUUUCUCUAUCUAUAGACCAGGAGAGGUUGAGAGCUGCGUAGAGCGAGCACAGCGUUUUCGCGCUUCGAGAAAACGCUUUCGAAAGAAAAACAUUUAGAUUGGAAGAGGAGUGAAGUCAUGGAACUGGAUAUGCAUAUGUGAAGGUGUAACAGGUUAAGGCCUUUUGAAAAAUGGAACAUCUUAGCUGGGAAAUGGAAAUAUACAAGAACAUUUGAGCGUUGGUUUUUAAGUGGCCGAAGGAAGCACCAAUAAAUAAAAAAGAAACAGCUCAAGGAUUAGUCGUGUCUGUGGAUGGAGGGGUCUGGUAGUCCACGCAUCAGAAAACUCCACUUUCCAGUUGGUCUUUGGAUCAACUCUCCAAGGAAACAUUUUGCCAAACUUGGAGGCCGCUGGCCCAGUGCCCUGUCAGUGAAGUCGACCACCAGCUCUGACGCAGCCUCCCUCCACGAGGCCCCCUCUGCUCCUUCCUCUUCUCUUUCUAACUCCACUCCCUCGCUGGCUUCCCCUGCCCCAUCCCCAUCUCCUUCCCCGGCCUUCCUUCGGCCGCGGCCUGCUGCGCCCCAGUCGCGAACAAAGCGCCUUUCCCAUCUAUUCCUGCGAGGGCGCUCUAACAGUGACCGGGACCGCGCAGUAGGUGAGAGGGAGAGAGAACUAUGGGCCCACUCAGCUGCCCCUUCCUCCCACCACUACUUGCCCCCUGCCUCUUCAACUGCACCGGGUCUGAUCAAAAUCUAUGGGGAUGCCCUCUCCAGUGGGGCCAACUAUCGCUCCCUGCUGGCCAACAUCCACUCCACAGCCCAGCAGCUCAUCACUCAGGUCAUCACUCGCUACACAGAGAGAGAGCAAGAGGAGACGGACGAUGCAGUUCUCCAGAAACACUGCCCUGAGGACUUCCUGCUGUGUGAUGUCAUUGGAAAGCCCAUCCAGGAGCCAGAUGGAGCUAUCAAGUGGAAGACAGAAUGUCGCAGAAGUGUAGCCCCAUGGGAAUGUCCCUUGUUGUUAGUGGACAUGUGGCGGCCAAAAGAAGGAUUCGAACGACGCUUUGAAAUUCAAAGAAGAGAUGAUUAUGAAAAAGAGGAAAAGGAGAGAGAAAGGGAGGGAGAGAACUACCAAGGUGUGCGUUGGCGGCAGAGGGGCAGAAUGUCGUCAGGUGGGGCACCUGAGGAGACUGAACGGGGUCACCGGGCAAGGAACUCAGAACUUAGGAGGAGCAUCAGCGACAUGAACCUCAGCCUCAGACGUCGCCAAGGCAACCACGUGGGCAAUGAAACGCAUGGUCCUAGCAACCGACAGAGCAACAACGUAGGGGCGCAGGACCGGAAAAACAUUGUGAGCAUGAUCACACCACAGAAGGGAGAGGUGAGAGCAUCAAGAGCAGCGGGCAAGGUUGGAUGGACUAACACUCCCCCGGAGGAAGAAAAGGACUUCUCCAGCUGUGACCUGGAAGUGAUGUCACAGAGUCUCAUCCUUCCACCUACAGACCGACCCUACUUCCUGUUGUUGCAGGGAUAUGAUCAGGCCAAGGACUUUGUUUUGUACAUCAUGACGGGACACACAUAUGUGUUUGGGAGGAAGCCCACCACGAGGGAGAGGGAAAAGGACAGAGAGAGAGAGAGGAAAGGAAAGAGGCUUCUGAAAGUGGACACGUUCCUCUCCGCACCUGACCUCCUGAUCAGACAUUUACUGGUCAGGAGGGACUCGGCUGUUCCUGACACACCCAAAGGACAAGCACUUGUUCGACCAUUCAGAGGCACUUCGGUCACACACAAUGGCACGCCUCUUUAUAGAGAAACUGUGCUGAAGCCAGGGGACGUGAUCGGUCUUGGGAACCACUUCCUCUUCCUGUACCGUGACCCACGCGUGAUUCCUGCCCCACCGCUUGCACUGACCCUGCCAUGGCACUCUGAUGCCUCCGUCCCCUGCUGCCCCUCAGGGAUGGUGGACAAACAAGAAGCAUUGCGGCAGUAUUUGGGAAGCAAUGAGGCCAUUCUGAAGUUUCACCCUUGUCAUGCUGAUGCCUUGCUACAGGAAAUACUUUCCAAGAACUCCUCCCCAGAUUCUGGUGGCGGGCCUCUAGCACCAGCCUUCCUCCUGUCAAUCAUGAUUGACCAUGCCUCCAAACACCUUGACCCUGUCCUCACACCACAAAUACUACUGAAGGCAGCAAAUCUGAUCAAGGAGAUAGUCUGGGAUAACAUUAAGGAAUUUGGGGAUAAGCAUCCCACGCAGAACUCUACAGAACAGGAGAGCGAGGUUAGCCUUCCAAAUGUCCAGAAACUCUCAUCGGACCUUCGACCUUUGAUGUUCUGGAUGUCAAACGCAACAGAGCUUCUAAACUUCUUCCAGGUCAAAGUUGAAGCAAUGGAGAAAGAAUGGGAGUUUGAAGCACCUGGGGACCCAGUGUUGACAGCGGACAUGGACACUUGCUCCGAGGCUCUGGCCCAGCUUGAUGACGUCAUUAUGCACACAUUUCAGCAGUGUGUCUACCACCUCACCAAGACCCUUUACUCGCUCCUACCGGCCCUUCUCGACACCAACCCUUUCUCCAGCGACGAGAAGGAGAAGGACGGCGCUCACAGCAGCGUGGCAGAGGAGAAAAAAGGUGAAGGAGAAGUGGAUGAUGUGUCUGCCUUACCACCAAAGGUUGCAGGGCUUGUGGAAGUGUACCGCUGCUCCCUGGUGCUGUCACGGGAUGCUUGUCUGUCUCCUCCGCUCACCUCUCAAACCUUCGGCUACCUCUUCUUCUUCACCAACACAUCUUUGCUCAACACUCUGCUGGAAAGAGAUGGACUCUUCUCUUGGUCCAGAGCUGUCCAAAUUCGUACGAAUCUGGAUCUGGUUCUCGAUUGGCUCCAGGGAGCAGGACUUGGCGAUAUUGCCUCAGAGUUUAUGAGGAAGCUUUCGAUCACUGUCAACUUCCUGUGCAUUCCCAAGACCAGGCUCAUUCAGUCAUCCUGGAGCAGUUUACAAGAAGACCACGUCUUGUUAAGUCCUGCCCAACUGCAUCAUCUUCUCACCCAUUAUAAAUUGGGACCAACCAGGGCUCCACCAGCAUCCUGGGCACCGCCGCCAGGAACUGAGCUGAGUGGCGAUAUAUUCGAGAGCUUCCUUGAUCACCCGCCUCUCAUCCUGCCGAACGAAACUCCACGUCUGGACCUCUCAAAGCCAAUCCCCAGUCCAGAACUUCAAAAGGAAGUGACACGUCUUCGCACUUUCUUGUGGGGACUCGAUCAAGACGAGCUCCCUGCCAAUCAGAGGACCCGACUUUGAAUCCUACUGCCAUCUAAUGAGGGACAAGAUCCAUAACUUACAACAUAUCAGAUGAUGUUUAUUUCUUCAUUUAUCCUGUCCUGUAUUUUAAAUAACUCACUGGCUUUAGUAGACUGAAUUAUACAAGGAAGUCAGACCUUCCUGUUGGAUCAAGUACUGUUUAUGUCUUACGUGACUGUUUUA